AUUCCGCACAAGGCGCAUGCGCAAUUGAUGCCAAAAAAUGGCGGUGAAGCAAAUUUGCUAAAUAUUUUGGAAAUUUACUAAACUAUUGAAAAAAUGCCCAAGAAGUCUUCCAUACAGGAUUCUGCUUCAUUUGAUUUAAGUCUUAAGGAAGCCAGGGCCAUAUUGAGAGCAGAAAAGCAGCGGUUGAGGGAUGCUACGCGAGUGAAAUUAUGCUCUGCUUUUGAAAAGUGGAUGGAACUGAAAGAGAAAACGCAAAUGAAAACACACGAGGAUGUGGCAUUAUAUUUGUUACACAUUUAUGAAAAGUGGGAGAAAAAAGUAGAACUAGAAACAUCUCAAGAGUCAGACCUUAAACCAAUAGCUGGAUGGAACAUUCCAAUGGAAAAGGAGCAUGAUUUAACAAGGAAGCAGAGUAAAGAACUACAGAAUUUGGGCAAACUUGCUGUCAAAUUUAGUGACAUUUCAUCAAAAUUAACAACAUUGAGAAAAGACACAAAAUCUGCAGACAUAUUUUUCGUCAUUAAAGACGGUGCUGAAGUAACUGCUCACAA